CUGUUCUGGGCCCUCUUCCUUUAAACUUUUUAUUUUUUCGAUUUUAUGUUAUAAUUAGGUCACAUAUGCCACCUGAGAUGCAUGAGCUAAUGGAAGUAUACUUAAAUAAUGUAUGUUUUAGUUUUUACCAUAUUUUAUGGAAGAUAAUUAUAUGUGGAUGAUAUUGAGGUAGAGAAGCUAUGGCAUAUAGGUUUCAAAAUUUAACUUAGCGUUUUAUUAUACACUCAUUCAUGACCUUUGAAUAGAAAUAUGAAACUAUGAUUAAAUGAACACACUAAAAUAUGAAUUUAACGUGUCGUUUCACAAUGGAUUUCAACAUGGAUUAUGUGUGGGAUGGUGUUCACUCUGGUCGGAUCUCCCCUUCUCUGGAUCUCUCGUGGUUUGGAUGGGUUAUACAAGAGAAGCAACCAGUUGGAGCCCCACUGGCCGAAGGUGGCCGGAUGGCACUCCGAUGGCUAAGUUAAUGCCUGCUUGAGAGAAGGAAAACACAGAGCUUAGACAAGGAGAAGAAGGCAUACCUAUGAGAGUUUAUCACUGUGCUAUUUGAGGGAGCGCCUUGCCUUCGAGGCCAAGGUGGAGCAUGUGUCAUCCCCGUGCCAAGGUGAUGUCACAGACAACCACUUCCUUGCCUAAAUGCCACCCAGAUGGUGGGACGAGUGAGAACUUGUUGACAUAAUGCUGUGCCACGUGACCAUACCAGACUAGUGCCACAUGACCUGACCUGACAAUCGCUGAUUAUUUAUGUUGUUGUACGACAAGGGACCACGCCAUGUGGCCGGAAUGUAUGACUCUCAUAUAAUGUGUCAUUGUACGUUGCAUGACAUUGCCACGUGGCAAGACCAGAUUGGUGCCAGUCACCUGACAAUCGCUGAGUAUAGUGCUGCGUAUGGCAAGGGACCACGACACGUGACCGAAUUGUACAGUUGCCGUAUACCGUACCACAAUAUGUUGCACUACCGAGCAACGUGGUAAGACCAUACAGGUGUCAGACUGAAUCGCUCCAUACCGGCAUGCCUCUGAUCUCACUGCAGUUUUGACCCGGCGCCUUAACCUGUCGUAUGGUCAUGAGUGGAGCAGCCCAAGGGGACCUCUGUGUCCUUAGCUGUCAGGUUAGUCCGUUCUGGGCCCAUUCAGGCGGUCCUGAUUGAGGACCUGCCCUCCGGUCCACUACAUUAUGCAUUUUCUAAAAUUGUUGUGUCAGCAUCUUCGUGUCCGUGUCUGUGUCCAUUCCAGUUAUAUUAUCAAUAAUUCUAAAACUCCGCCCAAACACACACACUAGAGGUGUCUAGUGUGUGCGGGACCCACUUCUCACGUGAGUGUGGGUGUGUAAGUGGGUGACAAUUUUGGUAAGACUAGACUUAAUAAUGCACUUACACCUUUAACGGUAAGUUGGAGAUUUAAUUUGCCAACUAACUAAUCCAAAUGUCAAUAAAUGUACAUUUACGUCGGUGAGAUUCUCAUAAUUUGAAAGACGAUGCGUAAUGGGGAAGGAAACAUCAAUGGGGUUGUAUGGAAAGAAAUAGGUUACGGUCAUGCUAUAAAUUAAGGUCGUUCUCUCCUAAAUCUCUCCAAGGAAACUCAACUAGUCUUCUUGAUAUUUUUCCAUGGCGAGGAAAAGGACUGCAGGUCGUCGAAAGAUUGAAAUCCAGUUGAUUGAGUCGAAACAGGCUCGUCAAGUUGCCUUCUCAAAGCGCCGAUUUGGCCUCUUCAAGAAGGCAAGUGAGAUUUGCACCUUGACGGGUUGUAACAUUGCGAUUGUGGUUUUCUCACCAAGUGGGAAACCAUUCUCCUUUGGAAAUGGUUGUGUUAACACAAUAAUCCAAAGGUUCCUUUGCCAAAGCCCAAUGGAAGUUAAUGGAGAUCAGGAUCCUCACGGAUCUAUUUGUUCAAAACUCCACCAACAGUAUACUGAAUUGUGCAAGCUCCUGGACGUGGAGAAAAUCCGCGCCAAGGAGCUCGAUUUACAGGGCACGACUUGCCAGAAGCCUUCCUGGUUUGAUGUCCCUGUUUAUGAGCUCAGCUUGGAUCAGCUCAUGGAAUCCAAGAGGCGUAUGGAAGAACUGAGGGAAAAAAUUGCCGAGAGAGUUAAUGAGCUUUCCCUUAUGGGAUCUGCUCUGACAUUAGCUCCACCAAAUUAUGCUAGAGAAAUUGAUCUCAAUGUCGCUACAACAUAGGAGAUUUAAGCUUCCUUUGUCCUCCAUACCAGCAUGCCAGCAUAUAUGGCUGUUUCUGAAUAAAUCAGUUGGGGAGGGUUUGACCUAGCUGUUUAUUUCUAUUAGUUGUCUUUGUUUAUGUACCAUAUGAUUAGUUGGUCUCUUGGUUCGCCUAUCUGACCAGCUAUCAUUUCUUUCUUGUUGGGCUGUUGAUUAUAGAUAUCUCCAGGUCCCCUUAGGUGUUUAUCUUUAAGUCUUCAGUUUGCAAUUCAAUAAAAAACGCUUUCCUUUUUCUACUUUAUUAGACGUUGAAUUACUCAGUGAUUUCAUUGUGCCCUUUAUCAUGCGUGUUGACUGAUUUUGUUGAAUAGAGUUUCUUGUUAAAUAGUUGUUUCCAUUAGGAAAAAUGUUUUCCUUUCUUUGUGUUAUUGUUCUACUAGGAAAGCACUUCUAUGCAUGUCAAACUGUUUAAAAAUCUAAUGGCUAUGGGAGUUUGGAUACUUGAUACUCCACCACAUGACCUUGACUCUCAACACUGCUUUUACCUAGCACUUCAGAGUAUAUUGAAGUCACAAUAAAGAACUUUACCAACGUAGUACAUGCAGUGAACAGAGAGAUGUUAUCAUUUUAUCUUCAUUGUGCACACACCAUACUGAUGGCAAACCAGUUUCACCUAAUUGCUUUCAGUUUGAAAUUUUAUGACUCCUAUUUGCUUUUGCAUUCAUGGCAUGCAGUAAUGGACACUAUGCUUGUAUUUACUUGCCAAUCAAAGACAUUCAAUGGCAUUGAAAUGGUCUUUCUAUACAAGAAUUGAUGUUGUCAUUUUAGGAUAGUUGCUGUAUUCAUUCUUUUGGGAUGCUUAUGAGUUGAGUGUGCAAUUGUAUUAGAGGCUUAUUUGUCUCUUGUAAAUGUAGUUCUUUUCCCCCUAUAUGCACCCUCUAAGAAAUGUAUAUUAUUGGUUUGGGUGAACCUGAAAAUCAUGGGGUUCCUGUGCAAAAGCAAAAGAACAAAAAAAACGCGAAAACUGACAUAGUGUUGAUUCUUUCUUUUUUUUUUUUGAUUGGGAUGUUAGAAAAGUAUUAGGUAUGUUUUGUAUCAUUCACAGAAACCUCAUCUAGGCUUAAGAUUUUUUUGGUAACUUAAUUCAUUAUCAACAAAAAAAACAUCUCCCUCUAUGUCUUGUCCCAGUUUGGUAGAGCCCAUAUAGGUUCUAAGGGGCAUACCCCAGGCACCAAACCCCAACCACAACAAUUAAAAAAAUAAGCAAGACAAAACCAAGCCUAAACUGGGCCAACCAAACACUUACCCAACUAUAACUGCCACCGAAACCAUAUACUCACUGAGAACAAAGUCUCAAAGGGCAGAAAAUUGUUUCUGUAAUUUGCCAAUCUUCACACAACAGCUUGUUGGUAUUGGCUCUAGACAGGCCUCUUCAAGAAUGUAAGGACCAAAUUUCGAAGUCUCGUUGUAUUGGCAAUUCCGUAUGACAAAACACAAAUUUUAUAUCUAAGUUGUAAUUUUAUUAUUAUUAUUAUAGGUUAGAGAGUCUGUAUAGAAUUAGAGUGGAAGGAGUCAUUGCUUUUUGUAAUCGAGAGUGAGCAUUUUCGGAUUAAAAAGGAGGUCGACUACAGCGAGAUAGAUUUUUGGCCAAGACGGAUCGAUGGAGGGAUCAAUCUGAUUAUUAAUCGACACUUUAUGUCUUUUAAAAUGAAAAGCUACGUAAAAAAAGAAGUCUAUAUACAGACUUGUCCUUUCCUUCCUAGGUUUGGAAUAUAAGUAUAUAACCUUAUAAAAGGAAAAGUGACGGCAAAAGAAAGGUUAGCCACAUUAUAGCUACUCAUGUUUAGAAAAAGAAAAGUGGCAGAAGAAGAAAAAAAAUUGAGGCGACUGUUUUUUGAGAGUUAUUGCUAAGGGGGAUAUCCGUGAAGUCUAUCGGAGGGCUUGUGGACUCAAGGCCAUUGGUGAUCAAGAUCAGUGGGUGUGGUGUACGUGUGAUUCGACUGGUGAUACUUGUGAGAAUUUACUUUGUUGGGAUUGGUAUAUCUGUAACUGUACAAUGAUUAUAGUGACUUGAUUCCUUCCCGUGGGUUUUAACCCAUUCUGGAGUUUUCCAUGUAUAUCUCUGCGUUGUGCGAUUGAUUGCUUGCAUAGUUUUUGCAGAUAGUUUUAAUUAGUGUUUCCCAUUCAUACUGUUAGGGUUUUUUACGGAUUAUUAGGGAACCUGAUUUUUCAAAGAAGAGAUGCAGGACCUCAAAUACCCUUCAACAGUAGCAGUUACAACCCUUAGUUCCACAGCCUUAUGCUUUAAGAUUCUACACAUCCUCUCUAGCCAAAUAUAAUACACAGUAACAUUGAAGACAAUCGAUAUGCAUACCAUAUUUUGCAAAGCUUUACCUCCUUUCUGUACUUUAAUCCAUUCCACUUCUUCAUGCCGUGAUAAUGCAUUCCACUUUUUCAUCCAUACGAUAAUGAACAAGUCUGUUCUCCCCAUUCCUUCCCAGCAUGUGCUUCCAUAUCUGGGGCUGCAAAUGACAUCAAAGAUAGUUGGCUGUGGGAUUCACUCACCAACCCACAAAACACAAUCAUCAACUGGAAAAAUCUUCUAGUGCUGUAGAUACUGUUCCUAAAAUAGCUAGUCACUGAAUGAAGGCCACCUGGGCAUAUUGUGAGGAUAAUACCAAUCAACUUUUGCCUGUGGAACGGCAGGAUGAAUUUGUGUAAGGGCAUUCAAGGCUGAUUUUGCUGUAUCGUUACCCUAACAGUAACCGACCAUAUGUCACUAUGUUGCUGAGUAGGAUUAGGGAGGAAAUCAGGGGGAGCUUGCUCAAUAAUUGCUGAAGCAAUAGCAUUCCUUGCCUCAGGCUACCUCCAAACUCCUUGAGGAUAGUUGAUCCACUUUAGCUUGCAAGGAACUCCCUAAGUGGGUAGACAAUUGUUUCACCAAAUCUUUGGUAGAGUGGCCAAGAGAGUGCCAAUUCUCCAUCCACAUAAAAUUAGAUGACCCAUCACCAAAUUUCUACUGUAUCCAAGAUUAAGCCACCUGUCUAAGCUUCAAAAUCUUCCUUAACUGUCCAGGAAGCAUCAGUAUACUCUUAGGUUCCACAAAUAAUGGUCCUUUAUGACAAAUGUCUGGAUCCAUUUUAUCCAUCAGCAGGGAAAUUAUGUUGCAUAUGGCCUUGUUGCUUGAGUUUUUUUCCUACCCAAUUUUAGCUUAUUUACUGGCAUUUAUUUUCCUUCAAGUUCACAUUCUUUGACAUUGUGAACACCACUUCUUAUUGGAGUUUCCCAAGUUCAAAAUUCAGGACCCACCUACUCCUGCAUGUAAAGAAAGUUCUAAAACUGGUAAGACCACUAGUUAUUAUACUUAUGGAAGUAGCUCGGUGGGGUAUUGUCCAAUCAAUAUCAGGUCUAUGCAUUACUAGAUUUACAUUUAACCUUCUUCAUUAAUACCAUGUUAGUUAUACAACGAUAUAUUUGACUAACAAUGGAAUAUGUUUGCUUGGAGACAAUCACGCAUGUUAAUGUGAUUAAUUGAAUUAUCUGAUGACUUUGAGAUAUUUCCUUUACCAUUCAGGAACUUAUCCUAAGAGUUGUUCUCAUAAAGAGUCUCUAGUUAAUAUAGCAGUUCUCAUGAGGAGUCGAUUCUGAUAACUUAAGACUUGAACUAACUGAUUAUCACAAUGCUAGUACUUGCUUGGCUUUUUUCUGAUAUUCUUAAUCUCCUGCUGAUAUUGGUAAUGAACUUGGCUAUUACGGUGAAGCUUGGUUACAACUUACUAGCCAAAAGGAUAAUAUGACUUGCAGAUAUAAGAUUUCAUGCAAUGAUUAAGUCAAUCGUUGAAAGCUGCGGUGCAGUGGACGCAUACAAAUAUGAAGCUCGCGAAAUAGUUAAGUAAAUUUGUAGAGGACACAUACAAGGAUAAUGCUCAUAGCUUACGGAUUCUCUCUGUCUUGAUUCUCAUUGUGGCUUUACGGAUCGUUUGAUGGGAUAACAAGUGUCAAUGGGAUUAGAGCUUGUCUGGGGUCAAAUUAGUGGGUUAAUUUUGUUGGAGUUUCCAUUUUGUUAGUGUCUAUGCAUGUUUUCCUUUACUGGUUGCAUGAGUUAACCUUUUAUGUUACAUGCAUCUUGUACUUGGAGAAGGUUACAGUUUAAAUUCUAUGUUUUGGUCUUUGUGGAGGAAAUAGUUAAAUUUUGAUAGGAAAUGUAAUAGAAAGCUUGGUUAUUUUCA